AUGAAAAACAUCUUUACAAAGCCACGUAAAGGCUGCAGCAAAAUGUAUUCUGUUCUUCAGAGAAUAUGUCAUGGACUAGCCGAUAAAGCCGGAAAGAAAGGCAGACGUGGUAAAGGUGUGAUUCCAUAUCGAGACUCAGUGCUGACAUGGCUGCUUCGCGAAAAUCUCGGUGGAAAUUCGAAAACAGCAAUGAUAGCUGCUUUAUCACCAGCUGAUAUCAACUUCGAUGAGACGCUCAGCACGCUACGCUGUUGUCAACGAAGAUCCGAAUGCGAAACUCAUCCGCGAGCUCAAGGAGGAGGUGAUUAUGAAGCUCAACAUUUAUCUACAAAUACAUGUUCAUCUUCGUUGCUUCUAGGUCAACAAACUUCGUGGAAUCCUCGAAGAGAAAGGUAUCGACAUUGCCGCCGAUGCUCUCAAGCAUCCGAAAAACUCAUUGCUGAGUUGCACGAGACAUGGGAAGAGAAAUUACGAAAGACAGAUGAAAUUCGCAAGCAACGAGAAGAAGAACUGCGAGAAAUGGGAUUGGCUACUGCACAAGAUGGCAGCACUUUGGGAGUGUUUAGCCCGAAGAAGCUUCCACAUCUAGUCAAUCUGAAUGAAGAUCCACUCAUGUCCGAAUGUCUUCUCUAUUAUCUGAAGGAGGGUAUCACAAGCUUCGGAAAUAAGCCUUUGUCAGAGCUGACCUUACUGACUCCAGGCAAUCAUUAA